GCGACUCGACAUAGACACUCACAGAUGUAAACACACCGCAGAGGGCCACUGCAUGUGUGAAUUGUUUAUACUUCCUCCCUUUGAUAAGCUGUCAUCUGUGGGCACUGCUCGGGGAUUUGAUCCCCGUGAUCUCUCGACCCCGAGGAAGACAUUAAACACCCUCCCGGACCCUUUGCUCUGCCUGUCUCUGAACCUUUCACUCUCCUUUAAUGAGAAUUUCUCCUAAUUAUUUCAGUGGCUGCAGCAGAGGGACCGCAGUGUACUUAGAUCUCGAUACUGGGACGUGACUGUUAUGCUGAUAGAGGCAAGAGAUCAAUAAUUUAGGCCCUGGCUUUAAUGGCAAAGCUGAGAGCUUAAGUGUCUGCAUUCAGGUUGAGUCUUAGAGGUUCCUGGAGUAUUAAUGAUUUCCACAGGAUUUUCUCCCCCUUCUUCUUAAGCUGCUGCUGAUCAGCAUUCCUAUACCUGCUAAAUUGUAUUUGUGAAGAGAUAUGUGCCUCAUCUCUGGGAACGUAUGUCUCUGCUGCGCGUAGAUGUGCAGAAGCGUGCCGGGACCUCUUGUGUGUACGUGUGAUUAUUUGCAAACAUGGAUCCGCACAGAGGCACACACAGACUUCUAUCUUUGUUUUGAUCUGGGGACCUUCCUCAGGCACUCACUCUGGCUUUUGGGGCUACCCACAGUUUGUACUUUCCCCAAUUUGUCUGGUAAAUGUUCAGACACUUCAAAGGCAGGGGGAAAUGUCAUUCCUUCCCCCCACCUUCUUUCUUUUUUCUUUCAUUUUCUGUCUAAUUCUCUCCUCUGUCUUAAAGCUGCAGUUGUACUUGGUGGAAAGGGGCAACACCAAAGCCUGUAGUCGCUCAGAUGUGGGUAUGCAUGUCUGUGUAAUAAAUGGGGUUCCUAUCUAAAGUCAUUCGUUGAGGAAUUCCGGCAAACCUCUUUGGACCCCAACAGACUAUUAUAAUAUAUGCUUAUUAACUGAACAGAUAAAUGCUGUGAAAAUGAUCAUAGUAUAUGACACAUUUUACAUUAAAGUUAUACAGGGGGAAGAGGGGAGCAUACCUCCCUCGAGGGAUUUUCUUGGGAGAUUGGCCGCUGGAGUGUUGAUCAGCUACAAUAACGGAAGGUGUAAGUGAGUAAUCAGUGCUGUCCUCAGAAGGUCAGAGAGGGGCUGCGGAUCCCCGGAAAGGGGUACCACUGUCCUCCAGGGAACACAAGCUCUAAGGGCCACCACUUCUCUCUACUUUUGUCAGCCCAGCCUCUCUGGCAUCUUUUUUUUUUUUUCCUGGAAAAUCUUCUGGCAUUUUUAAGUUGCCUUAGGACACUAAGCUCUUAUACAUCUGCUUAUGUUUGGGCCCUAAACUUCCCAACUGGUUGGCAUUCUUAAGGGAAUGUGGAGUGAUUCCAUACUGAUCUCAAAACGUGUGACACCAGCCACUAGGGGGCGAAGCGACAGACGUGCGAAGUUCUCAGGAGUUUCCUGUCCACCUCCUCCAGAGCUCAGCUCAGGGAACCCAUAGGCAGGGUGCAGAGAGGGGCUUGAAUAACUGUCAGUGUUUCACAUACUGGGAGCCCGGGGCACAGUGACACAAGUGAUCGGAGCUGAAAAUAAUACUUGGGCACCUGUAGGUUCCAACCAUGAGCCGUUUUCCCCACCCGAUGGACCUUUCAACGCGUGUCAGGUUUUAUUCACCUUGAACCUGUCUGUCACCAGUCAGUCUCCACUUCUGCUUCUCAGUUCAUUAAGGUUGUACCUUUACAUGAGAUGGCGCUGUUUCUGGGUCCCUGAAAUGCUUAUUUCUAGAAGCAGAUCCCCCUUCAUUGUAUCAAGUGUAGGUUUUGGGGGGUCAUGACCUACGCAUGAACAAGGGGGGAAGGGAUGUUGACCUCUAGGUGGGAGAGCCUUAGUGUCUUUGUGUUUUCAGUACUGUUCCAGUCGGUUCUGUGGCUGAGGUAUGCACAUAGUUUCUUUCCCUGGUCCUUGCCUUUGCUCUGCUCUGCCAAGGUCAUCGUUUCUUUGCUGAGUUGGAAAGCUGGACCUUGGUAAUUGCCACCAAAACCCUUUUUCCUGUUAAAAGAGAUAGCCUAGGGACUUGGAGUAAAAACCAGCAGUCAAGGAGGCCUGAGAAAGCUAUAAAUAGGCAUGGAAUGUCCUGGAUAAUUCUGUGGUGGGGAAAUUAAUUCUGAACCACUAAGUACCAUUAAGAACUUGAUGCCAACUAAAUAGGCAGAAAUUUUUACAGAUGCUGCCAGAAUUUCAAAGCCACCCAGUGUGCCAUAGCUUCAGGGGAGCAAAAGUACUAACUCUAACAAACUGGGGAAAAUGAAGAAACACAGGUCUGAAUCAGCCGAGCCCUAGACAUCACGGAUCCUAGGGGGGCAGAGACCAAAGGUCAUCCCGAGGGGUUGGUCAGAGAAAGAAGUCACAGGCUCACCCUACUGGAAAUAUCUUCAGACUGGAGGGGAUGGUGUUAGGAUUUUCCGGUACCCGUGAAAGUAAACCCCUUAUUUCCAUGGUACUUUAUGGGUUACUGAACGCUUUCAUAUCUGUAUUCCUACGUGAUCUUCAAAACACCCCGAGGAGAUUGGCGAGGAAAAAACAGUUAUCUCCGUGUUAAGAUGAGGAUACCGAGGUUUAGAGGUCUAGAAUGGCUUGUUUAAUGUCACACGGCUGGGAGAGGUCAGGGCCAGGACAACUUACUCAUCCUGGACUGCUAGGUGAUGUCUACACAUCUCUCCCACAAGAGUGCUGGUGCAAAAAAUCGUAAAACCAUUUCAUUCAUAGAAAUAGAAUAGAAAUAAAGGUUCUCUCCUGGAUCUCUUUUCUACCUCUGGCAUGCAGCCCUUAGCACUGAAGAGAAUAGGACAUUCCUUCCUUUUACUAUUCACUUACAAAGUAUUAAUAGUAAUAGCCACCCUUCUCCGCUUUCCAAGCGCCCCCCUGGCGGAGACGGCAGUCUCUACUGAGUGGUCCCCCACCCUCGUGCUGAGCACGUGGAGAUGGAGACCAAGCCGGCCAGAACCACCUUUGGUGAGUGCGCUUCCCCCUCUGAUGAGGGCACCUGAAGCCGUUCUGUCGUAUGCCGCGCCCUGGGCUGCCCGUCAUGAUGAGGGGUUCACGCACUUGACCGGCUUUCCCUUUCAUGUUCUGCCCUUGUAGCUGCAAGAUCCUUUCACUUGGUAUUAUGCAUAUCAUUAUGAAUGAACUCCAGGACCCCCGUCCAGCACUAAGGACUAAUAAGCACAGUCUUCCUCCGUUUUCUCCCACUGGACCUGCUGGGAUGAAACCUUCUAAGCAGAUUCUGGUGUGGAUUGGGCCUGAGACUUCCAUAUUUCGUCAGACAGGGUGUUUUUGUCAGCUCAGGCUGCCACAACAAUGUCAUAGAGCCAGCAGGGUGACCUAAACAAUGGACAUUUACUUCUCCCAGUUGUGGAGGCUGGGAGACCCUAGAUCAGAGCACCAGCUGAUUCCGUUCUCAGUGAGAGAUGCAGAUGGUUGCCUUCUCCUUGUAUCCUUACAAAGUGGUGAGAAGCUCUGGUGUUCCUUCCUCUUGGACUAAGGACACUCAUCCUGUGGUGAGGAACUCUGCCUUCAGGAUCUAAUCUAAACCUAAUGACUUCCCAGAGGCCUGCCUCCUACUACCAUCUCAUUGGGGGUUAGGGCUCCAACACGUGCCUUUUGGAGAGACACAAGCAUUCAGUCCAGCGCACUAGGUUUUGGACUUGGUGCCGGUCAUGUUCUGUGUAGUCUGUAUGCCAAGUCUCCUUCCGUGUCUGCAGUUGGAGCCUGGCAAUGUCUUAUCCCUUCUCCCUCAGGAGGACCCCUAUCCCCUCCACCCCAGUCAGGUCCUGCUGGUAGGGCUGUGCUGUUUCCAUCUGGCCUGACUGGUGCAGUCUGCAGACAGGGUCCCCUCAUGGCUGUUCUGGAGCCCACCUUGAUAGAAGGCGGCUGGAUCUCAGUCACUCACUGCACAGAGGGGAGCAAGAAGGAAAGGGAGGGGUUUGCAUUCUCUGUGCUGUCACAGGUCAUUCUCUGUAUUGCCUGCGAUAAACCCAGGCCUCCAUGGGCCCAUGAAGUGUUUUUAUAACCAGGCUGUAUUUGCCCCGCCAACUGCCUGGGUUUCCACUUGCGAUGCCUUCUCUGCUUUCAGAUUCCUUCCUGAACAAGCAGAUCCCUUGAGGUACUGGAUUUUUAUCGUUGAAGCAGAGUAGGGCUGGCUCUAGACCAACUGAGAAGGGAACCGAGGACAAACGAAAAUAUGAAAUGAACGUCAAAUCCAGGUGGGCCCCAAGGUCCAACCAAGAGGGCAGGCGAAGAGUAUUUGGAGGUAGAGGCGAGAGUACCCGGCUGAAGGCGGGCGACUCCCAAACUCCAGAGGAUCUGGCAUCAUGGGCCCUGGAGCAGGGCUGCCGGGGGAGGGGGUUGUCUCAAGGACUUCUGGGGCUCCAACGCGAGGUCCUGAAAUGGGUUACAGGGAAGGGUUUUAAGAGGAUCACCUCUGGAGUGGGGCUGCCUGGGUUCAAAGCCUGGCCCCUCGAUUUGCCUGCCACGUGAUGGUGAGGUUUUGUUUUUGUUUUGUUUUGUUUUAACUGUCCUGCUUCCUACGUGUUGGCUUCGUCGUUGUUUUCCAGGAGCCUCGCCUGACUCGCUCCCGAUAGCUGCUGAGCGUUCCUUUCCUCAAAGCUUCAACCGUGACCUUAAGCCAGGUUGAGGUCUGCCUGUAAAUGGACUUGCUGCCCCAGAGCCCCGUGUCCCCGUAGCACUGGCGGCCUGGAUGUUUUUUGCUUUCGCAGAAGGCUGUUGCGUCAGCCUCCUCUGAUCACGGUCACACCCAUCAGGAUUUUGGGCCGAGUGUCCAUCCACCCUCUCCCCAGCUGGAAGGUACCGCUAAAGUCUCAGCAUCAAUCGUAGCCAAGCCUUCCUGGCUCAUGGCAAGGAAGAAUAUCUUCCAUGCAUGUACUGCCUUCUGUUUACAAAGUGCAUUCAUUUGCACCAUUUACUGACAGUCUUUAAGGUGCUGUGAGGUCUGCAAAAAACAAAAGUGUAAGAAGCGAUAUCUGCCUUAGGGGAGCUUCUGGGGCUCAGGAGAGAAGACGACAUUACCUAGACUGCAGACAAUAAUGUUCAGGAAAGUUGUAAUUAGAUGUCGUGGAUUGAAAGUACAGUGAUAUCUCAGAGACAAAAGCAGUGGCUUCGAGGUCGUGGUAAUUAGAGUUGGCUUGUCCAGAAGGGGCGGGGUGGGAUGAGCCAAUGGGGGGAGGCGCAGGGGUGAUGGCGGGGGAGGCAGUGGCCGGCUCUCAGAAGGUUAUCAGAGUCGGAAUUACUUCUGCAUGGGGAGGGAGUGACGGCGAGGAAGGAGGCCUGCCUGUUGUGCGGGAUUUGGGUUGGCUUAGCCAUGGAUUAAGAAGACGCUGUAGACGGAAUGUCUGUGCCCCGCAACGGUCCUGUGUUGAAACCUAAUCAUCAGGGAGGUGGUCUCUGGGGGUGCGAUCUUUGGGAGGAGAUGAGGUCAUGGGGGUGGAACCCCCGUGGAUGGAGUUAGGAGAGCGUUCCCUCGCCGCUUCUGCUUGCGAGGACCGAGGGGAGAGACGGCCAUCCCUCUGUGAUCCAGGAAGCGGCCUCCCGUCAGACGCCAAGGCCCCUGGCACCCUGCUCUGGGACUUCUCCAACCUCCAGAAGGUCUUGAGUAUCCGGGGAGCCCAGGAGGAGGAGCCGACAGACCCCCAGCUGAUGCGACUGGACAACAUGCUGCUGGCGGAGGGGGUGGCAGGCCCUGAGAAGGGUGGUGGCUCGGCGGCAGCGGCGGCGGCGGCAGCGGCUUCGGGGGGCGCGGGCUCCGACAACUCAGUGGAGCACUCCGACUACAGAGCCAAGCUGUCCCAGAUCAGACAGAUCUACCACACGGAGCUGGAGAAGUACGAGCAGGCGUGCAACGAGUUUACCACCCACGUGAUGAACCUCCUGCGGGAGCAGAGCCGGACCAGGCCCAUCUCCCCGAAGGAGAUCGAGCGGAUGGUCAGCAUCAUUCACCGCAAGUUCAGCUCCAUCCAGAUGCAGCUCAAACAGAGCACGUGCGAGGCCGUCAUGAUCCUGCGCUCCCGGUUUCUGGACGCGAGGCGGAAGAGACGGAAUUUCAACAAGCAAGCGACGGAAAUCCUGAAUGAAUAUUUCUAUUCCCAUCUCAGCAACCCUUACCCCAGUGAGGAAGCCAAAGAGGAGUUAGCCAAGAAGUGUGGCAUCACAGUGUCCCAGGUAUCAAACUGGUUUGGAAAUAAGCGAAUCCGGUACAAGAAGAACAUAGGUAAAUUUCAAGAGGAAGCCAAUAUUUAUGCUGCCAAAACGGCUGUCACUGCUACCAAUGUGUCAGCCCAUGGAAGCCAAGCUAACUCACCCUCGACUCCUAACUCAGCUGGUUCUUCCAGUUCUUUUAACAUGUCAAACUCUGGAGAUUUGUUCAUGGGCGUGCAGUCACUCAAUGGGGACUCUUACCAAGGGGCCCAGGUUGGAGCCAACGUGCAGUCACAGGUGGAUACCCUUCGCCAUGUUAUCAGCCAGACAGGAGGAUACAGUGACGGACUCGCAGCCAGUCAGAUGUACAGUCCGCAGGGCAUCAGUGCUAAUGGAGGUUGGCAGGAUGCUACUACCCCUUCAUCAGUGACCUCCCCUACAGAAGGCCCUGGCAGUGUUCACUCUGAUACCUCCAACUGAUCUCCCAGCAAUCGCAUCCCGGCUGACCCUGUGCCCCAGUCGGGACAGGGCCAGGAGGGAGGGUUUCUCUCCCAACGCUGAAGCGGUCAGACUGGAGGUCGAAGCAAUCAGCAAACACAAUAAGAGUCUCCUUCUCUUCUCUUCUUUGGGAUGCUAUUUCAGCCAAUCUGGACACUUCUUUAUACUCUCUUCCCUUUUUUUUCUGGGUAGAAGCCACCCUCCCUGCCUCCAGCUGUCAGCCUGGUGUCCGCCAUCUUUCCUGUCCCCUCCCUCCUCUGUCCUAGACUCCCUGGGUCCCUGCCCUCUAUGACAUCACGGAAGGAUAUUUUCAACAAUUAGAGGAAUUUAAAGAGGAAAGAAAAUAAUAAAUGUGUUUGUAUGUUUUCAUGCUGGUGGUUUGAGGAGCCAAAUUUACCUCACUCGGAUCCCUCGCUCCCUCUGUUAACAGGCAGCCCUUCUCUUGUUUCUCUUCUUACUCUCACUACCUCUUAGCAGGAAUGCGCCACAUUGCCCCACUCAUUCCAGGCCCCCUGCCCCCUCUUGCUCUUCCCUCCCUGGGCUGGUUCUGCUUAGAACACUUCCUCCUCUUCCUUCCCAGCCCCAGCUGUGCCCCGGGGACUGCCAUAGCUGGGUUUCUAAAGGUGCCAUGUUUUCUAGUCUCAGCUUCACUAGGUGGAUUCCGAGGCAGGAAGUCUAGCCUCAGGAGAGGACAUAGCAACAAGAAGGGCAGAAUUCUUGGAGGCCUCCUCCUUCUCCUAACAGCUCUUGGUUUCAGAGGCACAGUCUUUGGAGACCACGCAACACCUAGUAAGGAACGUCCAGAACCUACCGCAAAGCCAGAUCUGAAUGGGCACAGUGAUGAACCACUAAGGAGUAGAAAGUUCUUAACCUGCAGCCCUUCAACACACACACACACAAACGUGCACACGCACACCCAGGCACAUGUCAGCACAUGCCCGGCUUCACACAUUCAUAUUCUCCCAAUCACUCAUGUGCCACAUUCAAAGACCCACAUUAAUAACCAGCAGUUUGCCUUGUGAGCCCAGGAGAGGGAAUUAGCAACUCUGAGUGAAGGUCACUGGCGCAGAGACACAGUAUGUGCUGGGGCUUCUGGGACCUAUAGCCCCCCAGCAUGCCCACACACCAGAACGACAUCCACAGGACUCCAUCAUAAUGGAGGCUAUUCCUGUUCCUGCCACCUCUGGAGCGCUCAGGGAGCCACACCUAGUACUUACGAUGUCUAUAAUGGAUUUGGGUCUAUUCUGUUUUUUGGUUUUCUGUGGGGGCGUUGCAUUAAUUAUUCAAAGUGUUAACAUGGUACCAUGUUAUUGUUCCGGAGGGGUUGGAGAAGAUCACGGCUUAGGCAGAUUUUGAUAGCUUCAUUUGAAAAUCUGGGAGUGAUGGGUUUCGAAAGGGGGAAGUAAUGUUUUGAGUGGAAUUGUCACAGUGACUUUCAUUUCCUUGGAAUAUCCGAGAGGAGAGUACUAGAAAGCCGUUCUGUAGUGUCACCUGAGCUUACCGUCCUCAUGGCCAGAUGCCCCAGUGAAGAAGAUGGUGGCUCUGUAACCCGACUAUGAUGGGAGGUGGUCACAUCUCUCCAUGCCUCAUUUUGUUCAUCUGUAAAUUGAGGAUUAUGAUGCCUGGCUUACCAAGAGGCUGGUGAGAGACUGAAGGGAUCGGUUUCAUUCAUAUCCCAUCCGUAAAUGGGAAGUCAGGGGAAGUGUCAUCCCUGAGACAAAUGGGUUUAUGCCAUGGCAGGGCAACAUAAUGGUUUUCCUGUUCCAGCUUCGGGUUACCAUCAAUACCCUGAUGUCAUUGCUGUGAUGACAAAGAGAAGAAGGGGUGUUACUGUUGCUUUUUUGUUUGUUUUGGUUGGUUUGGUUUCAUAGACUAGAGCUAAGCGUCCCCACUAGAAAAAUAGGACCCAGUUCUCUUAGUUUGUACUUGAAUCCAGUAUGUGGCCUUGUAAGUGCUUAGCCCCCUGUCCCAUCUACUCUGUUUGAGAGGCCUGUGGGUGAGAGAGAGGACACUGAGGGGGAAGGGUGGCCUGCUAAGGAGGUCAUGGAAAUGGUGCAUGGCGCUACAGUAAUGAACAGAAAUUGCUCCUGUGUGUAUGCUGGGGAGAGGGGAGACCUAAGAAAACAGAAGGUGUGUGAAUUUGAAGGAAAGGCAAAAAGUAAGUCUUUGGCAAGAUGGAAUUAUGCCUUGAUGACGAAGAGCAGUGGAGAGACUGUGUCUACUGACGUGUGCCCCCAAUCACAGCCGAGCUCAGUAGAGGGGCUUCCCGGCAGGAUCCAUCUUGUGACAACCCUGUUGUCGUAGAAGCAGUGGAGAACCUUGCUCAGUGUCAGGGGCACACAGGAGCACGGCUGGAUCACAUGCCUGACCACACAAAGUACAGAAGAGACCCGGCACGGUUCUCUUGGCACCAGGAAGAAGGAUUCCCGAUUUGGGUUGAAUGGUUGCCAUUUUAAGUUGAUGAAACAGAUCAGAGCAGAGCUACAUUUGCACAGACAGUUUCUCUCCCCGAAGGAGUUUGCACAGAGUCUCACCUCGCCCAGCAUCUUCCCUCCCCACUCAGACCUCUCUGUUCCAGUUUCCCGCCCACCCCCACCCCCCACGCCCACCGUCACGUCCAACAUGGCAGCCACCAGAUCCCCCUGACAGUAAGCAGAGCAUGGGAACUCUGGCAGCAGAAGGAAGGGGAUGGAAAGAGCGUGCCUCUGGAAAUCCAGCUCCCGCGGGAAUUCCUAUUCGGUCAAUCCUACAGACACCAAAAUGUACCCCAGGCCUCCUGCAUUUUCUGAUGGGAGUGGGAACUCCCCGUUGUCCCUGGCAGCCGAUUUCCCCUGAGUAAUACGAGCCCUUGGGAUUGCCUACCCUGUAACUCUCCGUCUCAUCCUCCUUUUCACCCCUCACUCUUCCCCCUGGCGUGGGACCGAUGCCUGUGCAGUACUUCUGCCAAGUGGCACCUUCCUUACGUUGACUUUCUUUCUUUUUUUCUUUUUUUAAAUGUUGCUGUGGUGGUGGUUCUUUAUUUGCUGGUUGCCUUCUCUCACAUACCUUUCCCCCCCACACACCUUUUCCUUCUGAGUUUUAUUUUUCUGCCCAGAAAAACCUGACUUCGAUACCAAAAAAGAUGAAACUACAGAAACUCAAAUUUAAAAAAAACUUAAAAAAAUACAAAAAAAUACUCAACAAUUCUUUCAGCUUUAUUAACAUUUUCCAUUGUUUCUUGCGACUUGUGUCUCGUUCUUUGUAGUAUUGAUGAUGAACAUUUGAUAAUGAAUGUUCUUGUAUAUUCAGAUAAAGAAAAAAAAAAAACCAAAAAAGCGGUCUGAAUUUAAUAGUGUUUAUAAUAAAAAUUUUAAAAAUGACCCUCAUAGCACGCAAAACAGGAUGGGGGGGCUCCCCCUCUUCUUUCUGUGACAAUACACAUCAUUCCUGCGUUCGUUUUUAACACCAAACUACCUACAUGAAUCAUUUCCCCAUUUUUCUUUUAUUUUCUUGCAUUUGUGAAUUAGUUCAAGAAUGCUAGAAAAGUGUCGAGUUGUGCACAUUCAUUUCCUGUUUCACAAUGUUUAAAAGUGACGGUAAUUCAUUUUGUAAACUAAAAAAAAAAAAAGGUUGGGAUAGUGAGCAUAAUAGGUACAACCUAACACGUUAUGUUUAUUAACCUUGAGACCCAGAAAUAAAUUCUUUUCUUUCUUUAUUUCUGCUCUUUAAAAUAUAAAAAAAAAAAAUUAUGUUUUGUGUUACUUUGGGUUGUUUUAUUGGGGGGGGCUUUUUUUUAAUUGUCAGGAUUAUGAUCUUGCUGUUUUUAUUCCUUACGUAAUGUAUAUGAGGUGAUGUGAAAAGAUGACAUUUGUAGAGUAGGUGGGUUUCCUUGUACUUCUACUUCACUCCAGAAUUCAGUUGACUUCAGAGACAAAGAUGAAGCCCGAGCGGAUGGCCCAUCACUCACCUACGUUUCCAGAGUGUGUGGCAGUUCCGCAGUCCCUGAGGGAAAAAAAAAAAAAAAAAAAACACAGGGACCUGGGUUCUCCUUUCAGCCCUUUAAAAAUUCAAGGAACUGGCCUGGGAGACCUUUGAUACGGUAGGGAGAGACUUUUUGCCUUUGUUGGCCGUGAACGUCAUGACGAAGUGCUUUCUUUUCUUUCUUCUUGUUCAGUAACAACAUUCCGGGAGCCCUCUUACAACGAGAGAAGAUUUUUUUUUUUUCUUCCAGAAGCAUCCCACAGACGUCCUAGUGUCAUGGGGUCUGGGCUCCAUAGACGAGAUCCUGGAGGUUGUCCCUGGGGUCAGUCAGCCUGCUGAGCCCUUGAGCCCCGAUGUUGGAUGAAGAGUUGAGAAACUGAGCCUGACUCGGGGCUCUCCUUUUAAUGCUGCGAGGUCAAGUUUGAUGCCUUGACAGCAUACGUCUUACUACCCUCAGGCUGUUGAAAAGCCAAUGGUUAAACUGGCUUGAUUUGGAAUGUUUUUAUUAGUCAUGGGAGAAAAGAAAGCAGUAUAUUCUGGAAGAAACUUACCUUAAACAUCUUUCAUUAAACAAAAGAUGGAAGUGUCCAGAAAGCACCUAGAACAUAAGCAGGAGAAACGAAGGGGAAGAUGCAGGACCGUGGGGCAGCGCGCCGCAGGUGUUUCUGCCCAGACACCCGUCCGCCUGUUCCUGAGUCAACAAAACAGUGACGAGCUUUUCACAUCACCUUCAUAGUUUCAACACCCAGCUCAAAGCUUUCUGGAAUCUUUUAUUUUUUGUAAACUUUUUUUUUUCCCCUUUUGUUAAAAUGAAUAAAACAUUCAAUGUUUUCCCCCUUUUCUCUCUUAUUACUUCCUUAUUUUUCGAAUUAUUUUGAAGUGCUUUCCUUCGGUUGUUGGUUUUAUUCUCCCGCUCCCCUCCCCUGUUCUUAUUACUCAGAGUAUAAACCUGCAAAGUUCUGCUCUGUUUUGGUUUUGAAAGUUUAAGCUUUUCUGCUUCUGUGAGAGCACAGGCUUCUGUCCCUUUUGAUUCCAACUGAACUUUUGUGUUCUCUAAUGAUACUAACAUGGUGUAGGUUUUGCAGUCUCCUAAUUUGUACUGGUAAUGCAUAUUCCAAAUAAAUAGUUUCUUUUGUUGCAAAAAAA